UCAGUGCAGCAAUGGCCACUUUUCAACGUAACUGUAGGAAAAAUCUAUUACCAGAUACUUUCAACGGUGACAGAAGGGCUGCGGCGAAAUGUAUUGGUUAUGUGUCCGAAAUAAUGGAUACGAUGGGACUAGCAUCUGCCAAAGCAGAAGCACUUUUAAAACCUAUUACAAGUGCAGAGAAAUUAAGGAAUUCCAACUAUGACGUUUAUCUGCUAGCAGAUCUGGAAUCAAAUAAUGGUAAAGGAACAGUUGUUGGACUUUUGAAAGUUGACCGGAAAAAUCUGCACAUGUUUGAUGAGACGGGCAUGACACAUGAAAGAAAAGCUCUCUGCAUUCUGGACUUGUACGUGUACGAGUCCAGUCAACGUAAAGGAUAUGGAAAACGACUAUUUGAACAUAUGCAUCAUGAGGAGAAUGUGUUGCCCCAUCAAAUGGCAAUUGAUAAGCCGUCUAAAAAGUUCCAAGCUUUCCUUUUCAAGCACUACGGUCUACAAAACAUUAUUCCUCAGUCAAAUAACAUUGUCAUCUACGAGGGAUUCUUUGACUACCUCAGGUCAGAUGUCGCUAAUGGUAAAAAAGGUGCAGCCUCCAAACUGUCUGGAAACGAGAAUUAUGAGUCCGAAGCACAUCAUUCAUUCAUGAAUCACCAGGACUCGAUUAUGCCUGACGAGUACGGGUUUCAAAGUACGGCAGACAUGCAGCCUACAAGCCUGUAUCAACUAUUGGACAGAUCAUGA